AUGGCAUCCCCGUCCAGCACCGGCAACUCCGCAGUCUCUGUGGUGGUCGCGGCGCCGACGACACCUGGGGCGGGGGCGCCGUGCGCGGCGUGCAAGUUCCUGCGGCGCAAGUGCCUCCCCGGCUGCGUGUUCGCGCCCUACUUCCCGCCCGAGGAACCGCAGAAGUUUGCCAACGUCCACAAGGUGUUCGGGGCCAGCAACGUGACCAAGCUGCUCAACGAGCUGCCGCCGCACCAGAGGGAGGACGCCGUGAGCUCGCUCGCCUACGAGGCAGAGGCCCGCGUCAAGGAUCCCGUCUACGGCUGCGUCGGCGCCAUCUCCGUGCUCCAGCGCCAGGUACACCGCCUCCAGAAGGAGCUCGACGCCGCGCACACAGAGCUCCUCCGCUACGCCUGCGGCGAGCUCGGCGCCAUCCCCACCGCGCUGCCCGUUGUCACCGCCGGCGCCCCCACCAGCGCCAGGCUCGCAGCCGCUGCAAUGCCAUGCCCCAGCCAGCUCGCCGCGAGCAUGUACGGCGGUGGCGGCCUCCGGAGGCUCGGGCUGGUCGACGCGAUGGUGUCGCAGCCACCUCCUGCCGCCGGUUGCUACUACAAUAUGCGGAACAGCAACAACGUCGGUGGCAGCAUCGGCGCUGACGUCGCGCCCGUGCAGAUCCCAUACGCCUCCAUGGCUAAUUGGGCGGUGAACGCCAUUAGCGCCACCACCACCACCUCAGGAUCAGAGAGCAUUGGGAUGGAUCAUCACAAGGAGGGAGGAGACAGCAGCAUGUGA